CCUGUGAAGAGAGAAGAAGAGGAAGAAAGCAUGACGGAUGUUGGCUAUGAUGAUAUUGGUGGAGUAAGGAAACAACUGGCACAAAUCAAGGAAAUGGUUGAAUUGCCACUAAGACAUCCACAACUAUUUAAAGCCAUUGGUGUUAAGCCACCACGUGGUAUAUUGUUGUAUGGGCCUCCUGGUACAGGCAAGACCUUAAUCGCUCGUGCGGUUGCAAACGAAACUGGAGCGUUUUUCUUCUUACUAAAUGGGCCGGAAAUAAUGAGCAAGCUUGCUGGUGAAUCAGAGUCAAAUUUAAGGAAAGCUUUUGAGGAAUGUGAAAAGAACUCUCCUGCAAUAUUGUUUAUCGAUGAGUUAGAUGCUAUAGCGCCAAAAAGAGAAAAAACGCACGGUGAAGUCGAAAGGCGUAUUGUUUCCCAGUUAUUGACUCUUAUGGACGGACUAAAGCAAAGGAGCCACGUCGUUGUAAUGGCUGCCACUAAUCGGCCAAAUUCGAUAGAUCCUGCACUCCGCCGAUUUGGCCGCUUUGAUCGAGAAAUUGACAUUGGGAUUCCUGAUGCUGUUGGCCGUUUAGAGAUACUUCGUAUCCACACAAAAAAUAUGCGAUUAUCUGACGAUGUAGAUUUGGAACAGGUUGCUAAUGAAUGCCAUGGAUAUGUUGGUGCAGAUCUUGCAUCACUCUGCUCUGAGGCGGCUUUACAGCAGAUCCGUGAGAAGAUGGAAUUAAUCGAUUUAGAAGAUGAAACAAUUGAUGCUGAAGUGUUGAACUCGUUGGCCGUAACAAUGGACAAUUUCCGUUUUGCCAUGAAUAAAGGAACUCCAUCAGCUCUACGUGAAACUACUGUUGAAACACCAAAUGUUACUUGGGAAGACAUUGGGGGCUUGCAAAAUGUUAAGAAAGAACUACAGGAACUUGUUCAGUAUCCGGUUGAACAUCCUGAAAAGUACCUGAAGUUCGGGAUGCAGCCAUCUCGUGGAGUUUUGUUUUAUGGGCCUCCUGGUUGUGGCAAAACGUUACUGGCUAAAGCUAUCGCUCACGAAUGUCAAGCAAACUUUAUAUCUAUUAAAGGACCAGAGCUGCUAACCAUGUGGUUUGGUGAGUCUGAAGCGAAUGUCCGUGAUGUUUUCGAUAAGGUAAGGGAAAUCACUUUGGCUUUAUUGAUCUUUUCUGAGUUGUUCCGUUUAACCUUUUACUUGCUAUCAUUCUAG